AGCAGUCGUAACAUUUAAGCGGGCACCGCAUUCGUUCCAGUUCCAAUGCCAGAUAGAGUGCCAUAGAGAUCCUCACUAAGUGCCAAAAUCAACAGCCUAAUCCUGAUCCCUGCGCUUACCUGCCAGAAGCCAGAAGCAAGAAGCCAGAACCACAGCUUAGGACGGACGCGACACAGCUGCUCAAGCGAAGCUGAGAAAAACAACGAAGGAAGUUCCUUAGUGCCAUAGAAUGGAGUAAUUGCAGCGACAACGAAGAACAGCAAACAGCAGCAGCAGCAGCAGCAAGAACAACAACCUGAAGCGCAGCCGAAUCAACACAGUGCCUUCAAUCAAUCCGUUGAUAAGUGAUAUUUAUUAUGUUUACACCCGCGAGGAGCUAUCGAAGCUGCAGCAACAGUGAGAGCCUUAACCAUCGGUCGGGAAUCGAUGAGCAGGCCGCGUCCUAGGCGUUGUCCUUCGCAGUCCUGAUCCCCGCACGAGUGCAAUCCCGAAUCCAGUUCAAAUUAGUGAAGUAAGCCAAGAGGAGCCUUAGCCAGGAGCGACAGCCAGCUCGAAUAAUGUCCACAUCCACCGCCACAACGAGUGUCAUCACGUCCAACGAGCUCUCGUUGUCCGCCCACGGGCACGCCCACUCCCACACACACAACUCCCACACGCACAACUCCCACUCGCACGGCCACUCGCUGCACCAGCACCAGCACAGCCGCAUCGGAGGAGGCCUAGGAAUCGGAGUCCUCAGUGACGCCUCUCUAUCGCCCAUCCAGCAGGGCGGAGGAGGAGGAGGAGGCGGCGGCGGCGGAGGUGCCAACAGCUCACCCCUGGCGCCCAACGGUGUACCCCUGCUGACCACCAUGCACCGCUCCCCGGACAGUCCACAGCCGGAGCUGGCGACCAUGACGAACGUCAACGUCCUCGACCUGCACACAGACUCCUCCAAGCUCUACGACAAGGAGGCGGUCUUCAUCUACGAAACGCCCAAGGUGGUGAUGCCCGCCGACGGUGCCACGGAAGAUGGCCAUGCAAUCGAUGCGCGGAUCGCGGCCCAGCUGGGCACACAGCACGCCCAGCAGCAGCAGCAGCAGCAGCAGCAGCAGCAACAGCAGCAGCAGCAACAGCAACAGACGGAGCACCAGCCGCUGGCCAAGAUCGAGUUCGAUGAGAACCAAAUCAUCCGCGUGGUGGGACCGAACGGAGAGCAGCAGCAGAUCAUCUCGCGAGAGAUCAUCAACGGAGAGCACCACAUUCUGUCGCGCAACGAGGCCGGGGAGCACAUCCUCACGCGCAUCGUCAGCGAUCCCUCGAAGCUGAUGCCCAACGACAAUGCGGUGGCCACGGCCAUGUACAACCAGGCCCAGAAGAUGAACAACGACCACCAGGGCGUCUACCAGACCUCGCCCCUGCCCCUGGACGCCUCCGUGCUGCACUACAGCAACGACAACAGCAACGUGAUCAAAACGGAGGCAGACCUCUACGAGGACCACAAGAAGCAUGCGGCCGGCGGUGGCUCCAUCAUCUACACCACCUCCGACCCCAACGGCGUCAAUGUGAACGUGAAGCAGCUGCCCCACCUGGCCGUGCCGCAGAAGCUCGACCCGGACCUCUACCAGACGGACAAGCACAUCGAUCUGAUCUACAACGACGGCAGCAAGACCGUCAUCUACUCCACCACCGACCAGAAGGGUCUCGAGAUCUACUCAGGCGGCGACAUCGGCAGCCUCGUCUCCGACGGCCAAGUGGUGGUCCAGGCGGGCCUGCCCUAUGCCACCACCACCAGUGCCACAGGCCAGCCCGUCUACAUCGUGGCCGAUGUCAGCGAGGACCAUCUACAAAGUGGAAAGCUCAAUGGCCAGACCACACCCAUCGAUGUCUCGGGCCUAUCGCAGAAUGAGAUCCAAGGCUUUCUGCUCGGCUCACACCCCUCAUCAUCGGCCUCGGCCGUCAGCACCACUGGCGUUGUCUCCACCACCACCAUCUCGCAGCACCACCAGCAGCAGCAACAGCAGCAGCAACAGCAGCAGCAGCAGCAGCAGCAGCAACAGCAGCAGCAGCAUCCCGGCGACAUUGUGAGUGCCGCAGGCGUGGGGAGCGCAGGCUCCAUUGUCUCGUCGGCGGUGCAACAACAGCAGCAGCAGCAGCAGCAGCAGCUGAUAACCAUCAAAAGGGAGCCGGAGGAUCUGCGCAAGGAUCCGAAGAACGGUAACAUUACCGGAGCGACGGCAGCGAACGGCGGCGCGGGUUCGGUCAUAACGCAAAAGAUCUUGCACGUGGAUGCGUCGCCACCAGCCGACGAAGCUGAGAUUAGCGAGAUUAGCCACAGACACAGUCCCAGCACACCCUGCACCACCAGAACCAACAGCUGCAGCAGUAGUAGUCCUGCCACCGAACUAGAGAUGUAUGCUACCACGGGCGGCACACAGAUUUACCUACAGACCUCACAUCCCAGCACGGCCAGCGGCGCGGGAGGAGGAGGCGGCGGCAGCGGCGUCGGUGGAGGCGGAUCUGUUGGAGCCGGCGCAGGCUCCCUGCAGGCACAAAGCCCCAGCCCGGGGCCGUACAUAACCGCCAACGACUAUGGAAUGUACACGGCCAGCCGACUGCCGCCCGGCCCCCCGCCCACCACCGCCACCACCUUCAUAACGGAGCCCUACUACCGGGAGUACUUUGCGCCGGACGGACAGGGCGGCUAUGUGCCCGCCUCCACGCGCUCCAUCUACGGCGACGUGGACGUUUCGGUGUCGCAGCCGGGCGGAGUGGUCACCUACGAGGGUCGCUUCACAGGCAACGCCCCCCCGCCCACCACCACGACACUGCUCACGAGCAGCGUCAGCGUGCACCACCAGCAGCAACAACAGCAGCAGCAGCAACAGCAGCAACAACAACAGCAACAGCCCCAACACCAGCAGCACCUACACCAACAGCAGCAGCAACAGCACCACCAUCCGCAGGACGGCAAGGGGGGCGGCAGCACGCCACUCUAUGCCAAGGCCAUAACGGCGGCGGGACUCACCGUCGACCUGCCCAGUCCCGACUCGGGCAUCGGGACGGAUGCCAUCACGCCGCGGGAUCAGACCAACAUACAGCAGUCCUUCGAUUACACGGAACUGUGCCAGCCGGGCACCCUCAUCGAUGCCAAUGGCAGCAUACCCGUGUCCGUUAACAGCAUCCAGCAGCGGACAGUGGUGCAUGGCAGCCAGAACAGUCCCACCACCUCCCUGGUGGACACGAGCACAAACGGUUCGACGCGCUCGCGGCCCUGGCACGACUUUGGCCGCCAGAACGAUGCCGAUAAAAUACAAAUACCAAAAAUAUUCACAAAUGUUGGCUUCCGCUAUCACCUGGAGAGCCCCAUCAGCUCGUCACAGAGGCGCGAGGACGAUCGCAUCACCUACAUCAACAAGGGCCAGUUCUAUGGGAUCACGCUGGAGUAUGUGCACGAUGCGGAUAAGCCCAUCAAGAAUACGACGGUUAAGAGUGUGAUCAUGCUCAUGUUCCGCGAGGAGAAGAGUCCCGAAGAUGAGAUCAAGGCCUGGCAAUUCUGGCACAGUCGCCAGCAUUCCGUGAAGCAAAGAAUCUUGGAUGCAGAUACGAAGAACUCGGUUGGCCUGGUUGGCUGCAUCGAGGAAGUGUCGCACAAUGCCAUCGCCGUUUACUGGAAUCCGCUCGAGAGCUCCGCCAAGAUCAACAUUGCGGUUCAGUGCCUGAGCACGGAUUUCAGCAGUCAAAAAGGAGUCAAGGGCCUGCCGCUGCACGUACAAAUCGACACAUUCGAGGACCCCAGAGAUGCGGCCGUCUUCCACCGGGGCUACUGUCAGAUAAAGGUCUUCUGCGAUAAGGGCGCCGAGCGCAAGACGCGCGAUGAGGAGCGACGGGCCGCCAAGCGGAAGAUGACGGCCACCGGCAGAAAGAAGCUGGAUGAGCUCUACCAUCCGGUGACAGAUCGGUCCGAGUUCUAUGGCAUGCAGGACUUUGCCAAGCCGCCGGUGCUCUUCUCGCCAGCGGAGGACAUGGAGAAGGUAGGUCAGCCGGGCCUGACUGGCUUGACAUUCAUCCACACGAAUACGAAUACGCACACGAAUACGAAUACGAACUCGAACUCGAACUGCAACUCCAACUCGAAUUCGCCCUUGCAGAGCUUCUACGGCCAUGAGACUGACUCGCCGGACCUGAAGGGUGCCUCGCCGUUCCUGCUCCACGGCCAGAAGGUGGCCACGCCGACGCUCAAGUUCCACAAUCACUUUCCGCCCGACAUGCAGACCGAUAAAAAGGAUCACAUACUGGACCAGAACAUAAUGACCAGCACACCCAUGACGGACUUUGGUCCGCCCAUGAAGCGGGGACGCAUGACGCCGCCAACCUCGGAGCGUGUCAUGCUGUACGUGCGGCAGGAGAACGAGGAGGUCUACACACCGCUGCAUGUGGUUCCCCCCACCACAAUUGGUCUGCUGAAUGCGAUUGAAAACAAAUACAAAAUCUCAACAACGAGCAUAAAUAACAUUUAUCGCACAAACAAGAAGGGGAUUACUGCGAAAAUUGACGAUGAUAUGAUAUCGUUCUACUGCAAUGAGGACAUCUUCUUGCUGGAGGUGCAGCAGAUCGAGGACGAUUUGUACGACGUCACGCUGACGGAGCUGCCCAAUCAGUAGCAAACAGUAGGACACUCACAAACACAAACACAAACACACACACACACACACAAGCACACAAAAAUAUGGACACAAUUUUUGCCAAACAACAAGAACAAGGAGUGUUGUUUCAAUAAGCCAUUUUCCAUAGAGCCUAAGCCUAAAUCGUAGUAGUCGCAAUGGAGGAUCCGGAUCCGGAUCGGAGCCAGAGCCAAUCCGAGCUGCUACAAAUGUGGAUGGAUGGACGUAGGAAAGCAAAUACAAAAUAACCCCCAAUAUGCUUAAAAUUCGAUUUAGAUUUAGCAACAAUGAGAUUACUGACAAUUGUUUGAUCAAAUUUGAAAUUCUCGCUAUGUUUAUAGACAUUGUAAUAUUGCCUAAGCCCUAAUCAUAAUCGUAUACAUUAUAUAUCGAGUCUAUAUAGAUAUACACAUGCUUAUGUAUGUACUAUGGAGUGCAAAAGCUGUCUGUCCAGCAACACAUAAGUUUCGCUUCCGCUCCCCUGCUUAUGCUUCGACCUUAGGUCCAGGGCAAGUAAGAGUUACAGAAUCUAUCUAUUUAGACCCCUAGAAUUCUACCCUAGAGAUACACAUAUAUGUUUGUCGUAAGCGUUUACUUGUUGAAUAUAAAUUGUACAAUUAUUUUUGGAUAAAAACCCCCACACAAAAAAAAAGACAAAAAAAAAACACAAAUCGUUUGUUCUAUAUUUCUGAUUCUAAAAUCUUCCCUCUGUCCCACACCACCCCAAAAAACACUCUGUUAUGUUAUCUAUGAUUAGGAGAUCUCUGAAAGAAACAAAACAAAACAAAACAAAACAAAAAACGGAAAUUAAAAGCGAAAAUUACUUUGUGUAAUUGUCCAAAAGAAAACAAAAAGAAAUAAUAACUAUCCUUAGCUAUAGAGAUACACACACAUAGAGAUAAGUACACUCUGCAAUAAAACAUGUUGAUAAAAAUCGUAAAUUAAGUCCCAGAUAAGGCAAAACAAUAUCGAAACAAAAUCCACAACAACAACAAAAAACAACAAAACAACAAAAGUUGAAGCAAAUUUGUGUGCAUUUGUUGUAAACAAAUACAAACAAAAAAUAUCUAAAAAGAACAAUCAGCACGGAGAGUUGAUUCAAAACUAAAGAAUGAAGCAGGAAUGAAGAUCCGAUUGUAGCACCAUGCAAUAACAGACAUUCGAAAAAGACAUAUAAACAAAAAGAAGUUACAGUACAGAUAUAUACAGAUACGCACUAUACAGUAUAUGUAGGAAUAGCAUAUCGCAUAGCAGGAAUGCGUUUACAAUCUUUGUUUGCCAUAAUUAACAGUUUAAUUUAAUUAACGAAAUGUUUUGUGUACAAUGUCUAGGCGCGAUCUAGGCAGAGGAGAAGAUCGAGUCCUGCCUGGAGCCACGAAUACUCCGCAUCGAUUGCUACCACUCUGAACAGUACGCGUUCAAUGCUCAAUAUUAUUAUUAUUUGUUUAUUAAUUGUAAUCCCCCCCUUCCACUUCCACUUCCACUUCCACUUCCAUUGCCACUGCUAUAUCUUGCUCCCUCCCCCGUCUAACACUUUACUCUCUUUCCACUUCUUGUACUUUGACUGUUAUUUGGGAGGGGAGACCGAAUCGCCCCGCCUUUUCCCCCAAAACAGUUUAGGUGUUGUACAUCACAAUUUGUUUUUAGUUGUAGCACUUAAUUCUAAACGUACUUUACUCAAGAUUACACAAUAUUAUAUGAUACGAGAUCAGAUAUGAAUAUCGGAAAUGAAUUGAAAUGAAGAACAAUCGAAAAUCUUGCCGGAAUGUUAUAAAUCUUUAUGUUUAGUUUAUUGUAACCCCUAAGUUCUAUGCUCUUUCUAUAUAUAUAUAUA